AUGGAUUUAGAGAACCCUGUCAUCACGAGGCCAAAAUUAUUUCCUCCAGAAAGUUCGGUAGCAACCUACAGUGUCACUGCUGUGGAAAGCGCUUCACACACACGUUGUCUGCAAUUGCACUGCAACGCAUCGGCCACCGGAGAAGCAGCUGGUUGUCAGUAUAGAAGCUUAUGUGAAAUUCCAGGAUGGCCUCCCCGGGCAGCCUGGUCCUCGCGGCAGAGAAGGGCCCAAGGGGGAGCGUGGCGCCGUCGUCGUGGGGCUCCCUGGCGUUCCUGGGGCGGUGGGGGCCCUGGCGAGAAGGGAGACGCAGGAACCCCUGGCCCACGCGGAAGGCCGGGAAAGAAAGGAAAACGAGGUCGCCGAGGCAAGAAAGGCAAAGCCGGGAAAGCAGGCAAGCGAGGGAAGAAAGGCAAGAAGGGGAAACGAGGGCCACGAGGCAGGCCAGGACGACAUGGCCCCGUAGGUCCACCUGGCCUCCCGAGCCUACCCGCUGGCUGUGGUAAAGCGACGCUGCACCAGCUUCGUCCUCCGGGUGAGCCACCGCUGUUAAGAGGAUUACGCCUUGGAUUACCUCCGGCUGACACGACCCAAGCGGAAGACGACCACCUCUGCAUAGACGAGCCCGUCACAUUCCGAAACGGCCUUGCCCUCCAGCAGGUGACUCCCACUCCAUCGCCAGGCACUUUGGUCUACCUGGAGGAGGAGGACGCGUUCGUUGGCCGCGUGAAAAGGGGUUGGCGGUAUGUCAGGAUGGGUACAAUGAUGCCCGAUUAUACCAGACUGAGUGACCGACCACUUGCUCCUUCAGGCGGCAAAAGCCUACGAUUGGCAGCCCUGAAUGCGCCCCUCGACGGCAACAUGGGCGGUCUCCGGCGCGCAGACCGGCGAUGCUUCCGGCAGUCGCGACAAGCGGGUCUUCGGGGCACAUUCAGGGCCCUCCUCACCUCCAACACGCAGGACCUGAACUCCAUCGUGCGUCGCCAGGACAGGCACCUCCCCAUCAUCAAUCUCAAGGAUGAGAAACUGUUCGAAAGCUGGGACAGCAUCUUCAGCGGGACUCAGGCCAUCUUCGCCAGAAGACCCAGUCUCAUCAGCUUUGGUGGCGACAACGUGAUGGAAAGCUCCAUUUGGCCAUCGAAGCACGUCUGGCACGGCUCCGGAGUGACGGGGAACCGGUCCGCGAUCGCCUGCGACGGAUGGACGAGUAACGGCAGGUUGAACCGAGGCCUAACGUCUUCGCUCGAGCUGUACAGACUUCUCGGACAGGACACCCAUUCUUGCGAGAGACAGCUAGUCGUGUUGUGCAUUGAAGUUACCACUGAACGUUAGAUGUUAUUAUUAACAUCAUUGGUAUCGUUAUCAUUAAUUCAAAACUAUAUGCCGUGCCCAACCGUGUGACGUAGAAAGUAACUCAGGUCAGCCUUGCCAGUGUUAGUUAAUUUGUAGCUGUGCAUUCUUUAUACAAUAAAAAGAGCUGAAACCACAGGGUUAGAAUAGAUCAAAUGCCUACAUAGGUGUUUCCCGACAAGGACCGGUGAAUUUGAUAUUUGUUUACCUUAAAGAGUACAAAUUGUUUUCGAGGACAAAUGGCCAGUGACUCUCGGUCAACUCGGAAGAACGUUUUGUGACAUGAUUCUUCUAGAUUUUCUCUUGCUCGAUUAAGUGAACAAAAUCUCACCCUUAACCCCACCUUCAGUAGUGUUUCCUUACAUUAAUUAGCAUCAUUGAUAUUGUUAUCAGCAUUAUUAUUAUCUUUAUUAAUAUUACUUUCAUGUUUUAAUAAUAAUAAUGAUAUUAUUGUAAUUAUUGUAAUAAUAGUUAUUA